CCUUUGAAAGCUGCUCGAGGACUUUAUAUAAAGGUGGAAGUGGGGCUUUCGGGUCCUUACAGGUAUAGAGUUGGUGAGAUUAAUUACUUGUCUUGCUAUUGAUACUACUUAGUUUGUGCUUAGUACGACCAAGUUAUGGGUAGGCAGCCUUGUUGUGACAAACUGGGAGUGAAAAAGGGGCCCUGGACUGCUGAGGAAGACCAGAAACUCAUCAACUUUAUUCUUACCAAUGGGCAGUGUUGCUGGCGUGCUCUCCCUAAGCUGGCCGGCCUCCGCCGCUGUGGCAAGAGCUGCCGCCUUCGCUGGACUAAUUAUCUUCGGCCUGACUUGAAGAGAGGCCUGCUUUCCGAGGCUGAAGAACAGUUGGUUAUUGACCUUCAUGCCCGUCUUGGCAAUAGGUGGUCGAAGAUUGCAGCCAGGUUGCCAGGCAGAACCGAUAAUGAGAUCAAGAACCACUGGAACACCCACAUCAAGAAAAAACUUGUUAAAAUGGGAAUCGACCCUGUUACUCACGAGCCUUUAAACAAACAAUCUAAGACCGAACAAAGUCCUUCCCAUGGUCACAAUUCUGCAGAUAAUCAUAUCACAGAGAACGACGGCACCGCCGCCAACUCGUCAGAGGAUAAUUCCAGUACUACACCAACUGAGAAUUGCUCCACCACCGAUGACUCCAUUUUGUUAGACAGCAUUUGCAACGAUGAAUCUUUAUUGACAAGCUUAUGGCUGGAUGAACCUCCCCUGGCUGAUGAUUCAUGGAACAGCACCGUACCCGCAGCUGAAACUUGUAAUGAUCAGACAAGCUUGCCAUCUUGGGAAGACAGCAUCGCAUGGUUGCUGGACUGUCAGGAUUUUGGGAUCCAUGACUUUGGGUUCGAUUGCCUAAACGACAAUGAAUUAAACACGACCAACACGUACGCAAAACAGUAGCCUGAUCAUGCCCCAUAGUUGGAAGAAGUUGUGAGUAAAAAUUAAUCAAAAUUACCAAAGUUUUAUGUAUGUAGUUUGAUCAUCUUUAGGUCGUUUUUUUUUUCCAUCUAUUAAUUUCAGAAUAUUGCGGGAAGGUCCUCGCUUCUUCAGAGGUUUCUUACCUACCAAUUCAACACUGAUACCAACCCCCAUAUCCUCAAGAUGUGAUAUUUGUUGGUGCCUUGCAAAUAUUGUAAUCUUUUCUUCUGUUCAAGACAAUUAUUAUUCAUCCAAAUAUAAAAUAGAAAAAGGGAAAAAGAGAGAAGAUUAGGGACACAGUGGGCAUGAUCAAAAGUGCUAGUGGGCUUUUGUGUAGUGAUACCUUUUCUGUAUAUAUGUAUAUAUUUGACAUUUAUAUAUGGAAUAAUGGCAAAAGGAGAGUUACUUUGUUGUAA